AUGCAGACCAAAGACGAAAAGGUUUCGAGUACUCAACGAAAGAAAACUGCAACAAAAAGAAUUAUUGUAGAAGUGAUAAUCGCUCUUAUAAUUAUUGUACCAGCUAUAUUAUUAUGUAUCUAUUGGAAAAAAUUAAUUAUUAAUCGCAUAUUUCAAGCAGUAGCACUUAAGCCGAAUACAGAAGGUUAUAAAACAUGGUUAAAUCCACCGACAACUAUAACACGGGGUUAUCAUCUUUUUAAUAUAACGAAUCCUACUGAAAUAGUUACUAAUCCUUCUUCGACUACAGUACAUAUUAAAGAAACUCGUCCUUAUUCAUAUUUGUUAUCUUCAACUAAAAAAGAUGUUCAAUGGUCAACAGAUAGUAAAUCAAUUAGUUAUUCAAUUCAUCGAUUAUUUACUCGUCAUCCAACUCGAUUUGAUCCAUCAUCUGCUAAUGAUACAGGUGUAUUUAUUGAUUUAGUUCGAGCGAUUUUUCGAACACAAUAUCAACUUAAACCAACACAAGCAUUUUAUGAUUUUGCUGGCAUGAAUACAUUUUAUCAUAGAAAUGCUGUUGAACAAUUAGAAGGAUUUACUUCAGAUUUAUUUAAUACAGUUAAAGAAAAAAUGACGGGACCUAAUAAAAAUAAGUCAGGCUUUAUUUAUCGAUACAAUGGUAGUCGAUCAUACAAUUAUACAAUCAAAGCAGGUUUAAUGGAAAAAGGUCAAGUACUUGCUUUUGCUAGUGAAAAUGCUCCAUUUUCAUUUUCUUCACAAAAUUUUUAUGGUUUUUCAAUCUAUGAUGGUCUUACAUUCGUACCAAUGCUUUUUGAUAAACCAUCAAUGAAUAUAUUUCAACCUGAUUUUUGUCGUCCACUUAAUGUUAAAUUUAAUAGAGUUCUAUAUAUGUUUGGAGGUAUUGAAGUACAUGAGUAUGUUAUAAAAUUAGUCGAUUUAAAUCAAUGUAAAGAUCUAAAUGACAUAAAUACAUGUCCAGAAGUUGAUAAACUCGAUAUUUCUCAAUGUAUAUCUACAUCACUUCCAAACAAUACAAUAUUCUUAUCAAAAGUACAUUUUUAUGGAAGUAGUAAUCAAACAAUAGAAGAUAUGAAUAUUCAAGGAUUUAUACCAACACGUGAUAAACAUGAAGCAUUAAUUUAUUUUGAACCAUAUUCUGGUACGCCACUUCGUGCUCAUCAUCGUCUUCAACUUAAUAUUGAUGCUAUUAUUGAUCCAAUGAAAAAAUCUGAGCAUGAAGAUAAACUUGAAACAACAAAACGUAAAAGUGUAAAACGUAUGAUACCUCUCGUAUGGAUCGAUCAAGAAGUUAAUGUCAAUGAUGAAACUAUUCGUAUAUUAAGAAUGGUUCAUCUUGGUCUUCGAUAUGGACAAAUAAUAAUAAUAGGAUUAGCUAUUAUCUUAGUCAUUAUUAUUAUUGUUAUUAUGGAAAGUAUUGCUAGACAAAAGGAUAAAAAUAAAAAUAUUGAAAGUGACGAUAAUCCUAAAUUAGAACCAUUACUUAAUGAACAAGAAAAAAAAGAAAAAGAACAGAAUUAA